UGGCAGUGGUGUUAGCUUCGAGGAAAGCUGAGGGCCGAGGGCUUCUUUAUUGAAUGACCCCUUCUCCCCCAAGCUCUUUCCUUCUCUUCUUUCCGACAGGGAGAUAAGGCUUCGUCAAUUCUUGGUCGCAUCCAUCGUACGGCACCCCAAUCGUCGUCUCAUAAUCUGCAACUCGCGCGCCAAUGGCUAUCACGCGCAUCCCUCCGGGUCCCGAGGAGGACGGCGACCACCUCCAACAGCCGCAGCCGAUCCAUCCCCCUCACGCUCUGCACGGGCCCUCGCUGUCCAAUGCCUCGACCGCGACGGUGGACAUCGAGGCCUGGACCGUGGCCGCGCUUGAGUCGCUGAGCAUAGCGCCCAUUGCGCGAGGCACGGGCAGCGCGCUGUCCAUCCCGCUCGACGUCGAUCAACCAGUGCGCGAGACCCGCGGCGGCGGCGGCGGCGACAACGGCGCUGCCGCCCGGAUGAAGCUGCGCGGCGUCGCAUUCGAUGGCGCCAUUGACGAUGCCGCCUACGGCGCAAGCAUCACUCGGCCGCGUUCUGCCCGGGACAGCAUGCGGAGGCGCGAAGCGCUGCUCAAGGGAAAAGAGGGCAGUCGGCAGCGGCGUCGGUGGGAGAACGACCACCUCCUCCACGUCCCCAACGUGCAACCGCCGUUGCCGUCCGACUGGCAGAUCCACCCGACUCAUCGCGUCCUGCCCCCGUUUCCGUACCAGCUCGCUCAGUACUGGGAUAAUAAUAAGAGCUUCCGCGAGCGCGCUACUUCUGACCACCGCCGCAACCCGAAGACGAACAACAACAAGAAGAAGAAGUUGAUGGCGACUAGUACUACAACAACGGGAGCAGGUAUGCCGUCUUCGUCGUCAUCUUCUGUAGGCCGCGUACCGCGCGACCUGCGCGCUACGGCCAAGCGCACGCCCGCCGUCAAGUCGUGGCUGCGCGUGCUCGAGGAGCCGGUGCGGCAGUUUGUGGUGGAGCGCGGGCUGCUGGCCGUGGUGGCGGCGCCGCCGAAGUAUCAGCGGGAGGAGGAGGAGGAGAAUCAAGGCCGCCGUGACGGUGCGGAUGAUAGUGACGAGACGGGCCCGGAUGAUGAUGAGGAGGACGAGAUCGUCUUUGUCGGUCGUGGCGGGCGGUCCAUGAGGGACGGCAAGCCGUGGAAGACGGCGCGGCGGCAGGAGGAGGAGGAGGAGGAGGAGGAGUUGGGGAUGGUGCUGGAUGCGAGGGAGGAUGAGGCUGGUGGGGGGGCGUUCAAGCGCUGGCUCACGCACUCUAUCUCGGACUACUAUGGCCUCGACUCCAAGUCAGUCAUGGUGGGCAACCCUGUGCGGCGUGUUGUCUACAUCGCUGCCAAGCAGCAGAAGCAGCAGCAGCAGCAGCAGCAGCAUGGCCCAAGGCUUAAGUCGCGUAUUAGCCGGCCUAUCCUGCCGCCGCCGCUGUGGGAGAUGUUUUGAAGGGUGGCAGGGGAAACUGGGUUUUCUGCAUGCUGGCGUCGCGCACCCAGAUUGCGAAGUGUAUUGGCACAUUUCCCAUGCAGCGGAUAUAAAUAGAAGACCAGCUUGUUGUUGCACGAUAGCACGGUAUAAACUAGGGAGAAUAGAAUGCAUGUCACCCUGCUGUCCGUCGGUCCCGCCUGUCCUGUUGGUAUUCAUGGCAAGCUAUUACGCGGUCUAGCUAGCUAGCCUUCAAGAACACUCGUGUGAGCAUACCACAAAACACAGAUACCCCAGUGCAGGCAGGGUUCAUCGCUCUGAUAUCUGCCAGAAAGAACAUGCCUCGCAAGACCACGCACACAUCU